CGGAACUGUUCUCCCGUGUCCGUAAGACGCUGUAGGAAGUGUGGAAAGCGCCGCAUACAAUAUGCUCUACGUUUGUAUUUUGUAAUUAUGUAUGCGCUUCUGUGUUUUCCCCACUGAAAUAUCAGUACGACUGUUGUGGAAUUGUGAAUUUUAUUGUGACGGUGUGUUGGGGGUCUGAAACGCAUUUUAGAAACCAGAGGUGAAGAUGUCUGCAGAGGAGGCGGACAAAACCACCACCACUGAUGCUAGUGCAGGAGACGAGGAGGAGGAAUGGCUGUACGGAGAGGAAGGUGAAAGUAAGGAAACUGAAGAAGAGGAGGCCAAACUGACAGCAGCCAUCAGUGGCAGCGCAGCCUCUGCUCCUCCUGUUAGUGAAGAGGUUACUGCCAACAGCGUCACCACCCCAACCACCACCACUGGAAAUGGAGAGACCAGUCAGGAAACCAGCCAGAACACUGAGGAAACACCAGGAGAGGAUGAAGACAGUGAGAGUGACAGCGACGACGACGAUGAUGAUGUACGUGUCACCAUCGGAGACAUCAAAACGGGAGCACCACAAUAUACGGCAUAUGCAGCUCCAGUGAAUCUGAACAUAAAAACAGCUGGCAGACCGUAUGGAGCAGUAGGUAGCAAAGUGAAAGGUGUCGACCUCGAAGCUCCGGGCAGCAUCAAUGGCGUUCCGGUCCUGGAAGUGGACAUGGAGUCCUUUGAGGAGAAACCAUGGAGAAAACCAGGUGCGGACUUGUCUGACUAUUUUAACUAUGGUUUUAAUGAGGACACAUGGAAAGCAUAUUGUGAAAAGCAGAAAAGGCUACGGAUGGGCCUUGAUAUUCUCAACAUUGGAUCUACCACCAGCAAGAUCUCAGUGCAGCAGGGCCGCACAGGUAACACUGAGAAGGAGAUUACAAUACCAUCUCAUACGUCUAAAGCAGAAUUCAUCUCUCCAUCCACACUGUAUAAAACAGGACUUAAUCCAGCUAGGAUAUCCCCUCCACAGUGGGCGGGGCCUGCCAUUCAAGAAAUGUCCUUUAAUACAAAGACGAGCGGAACCAUAGAUGUGAUUGGCGGAGGGACUGCCACCAUUAGUAGGGUGGAAGGAAGACGUCGCCACAAUCUGGAGGGGAAUAACAUCCAGGUGAUCUCUGACCAUUCCACCUCGGAUGCAGAACCCACAGUGGCUAAGAUGCCACCUCCUUUCUUUCCUCCUGGGCCACUCCCUCCAAACAUGCCCCCUCCUCCAUUCCUCCCUCCUCCUGUCAGCCAGGCACCGUCUCUGUUACCACCUCCACGGAUGCCCAUCACUGUUCCUCCACCCAAUUUUCCCCCUCCCAAUGCUGGACCUCCACCUUCACUUAUUCCUACUUUGGACAAUAGUGGGCAUCCAGGAGGAUAUGAUGGACGUCCUGUCGCUCCCUACCCUUUCCCUACAGGUGGGUUUCCUCCACCCAUGCCAGGACCUGUUAACCCCUGGCCUGGUAUGAUGGACAACUCUAAGCCGUGGGACUAUUACCCUAGACGAGACAAAGAGAGGGAAAAGGAACGGGAGAGGGACAGGCAAAGGGAACGAGUCCAUGACAGAGAUCAUAGUCCAUCCUCUGUGGUUUAUAACAGUGCACUGGGUCUUUGCAGUGAUGAAGAGCGAUAUCGUUACCGUGACUACGCGGACAGAGGGUACGAGAGACAUCGCGAGCGAGCCAGCCGUGAGAAGGAAGAGCGUCACAGGGAGAGGAGACACAGAGAGAAAGAAGAAGGGAGACACAAGUCAUCACGAAGUAGUAGCAGGCGGAGGCAUGAUAGUGAGGAAGGCGACAGUCACCGGCGCCAUAAGCACAAGAAGUCCAAGAGGAGUAAAGAGGGCAAGGAACCCAGCGAGGAGCUUUCCGGUGAACAGGAGAACCAGGAGGCCAUGGAGUAACUCCAGUGUCUGCUGUCCUUCCUUGAUUUUGAUAGAGCUCUUGGUUGUUAGCUAAAUCAUGCUAAAUGAAACUAUAAUCCAGUUUGCCUUUUGUUAGUUCAUGUUCUGUUGUUUUUUCCAGUCCCGUUGUACCAUGUAGAUGUCGAUUUGUUCGAUUAAAAAAAGAGCAUUUUGGUAAUG